UUAAGAGCACACACGAUCAUUCCGUUGCCAACCAAAAAACCAAAAACUCAAGAUGAAAUUCCUGAUCGCAUUCCUCGCCGUCGUUGCCGUCGCCCUGGCCGGACCCAUUGACGAGCGUGGCGCCCAAAUUGUUAAGUACACCAACGACCACCAGGGCAUCAGCGGAUACAACGUGGAAGUCGAAACCAGCAACGGAAUCCGUACCAUCGAACAGGCUGAGCUGAGAAAUUUGGGAAACGAUAAUGCCGCCAUUGUCGUUCGUGGAUCGUACUCGUACACCGGUGAUGACGGUCAGGUCUACACCGUGAACUACAUUGCCGAUGAGAACGGAUUCCAGCCAGAAGCUGCCCAUCUGCCAAGAGCUUAAG